AGGCAGCCAUAUUUGCUUGUGUUUUGCUGUUGUGGCUGCGGCGAUCACUUCUACAAAUUCUCAACAAAAUCGGUUGUUUUUCGGGAUUUUGACGCGAGUUUGAUUCCACCUGUAACCACCUCCAGCUGCUUUCACUGUAAACACACUCUGUCAGUAGGAGUCGACGAUGAAUCCGGAAUAUGAUUACUUGUUCAAACUGCUACUGAUCGGUGACUCAGGUGUGGGGAAGUCGUGCCUCCUCCUGCGGUUUGCGGAUGACACCUACACAGAGAGCUACAUCAGCACCAUUGGAGUGGAUUUCAAGAUCAGGACCAUCGAGCUGGACGGGAAGACCAUCAAGCUGCAGAUUUGGGACACGGCUGGUCAGGAACGCUUCCGCACCAUCACAUCCAGCUACUACAGAGGAGCUCAUGGUAUCAUUGUAGUGUACGACGUGACUGAUCAGGAGUCCUUCAACAACGUCAAACAGUGGCUUCAGGAAAUCGAUCGUUACGCCAGUGAGAAUGUCAACAAGCUGCUGGUUGGCAACAAGAGUGACCUGACAACAAAGAAGGUGGUGGACUACACAACGGCCAAGGAGUUUGCUGAUAAUCUUGGGAUUCCCUUCUUGGAGACGAGUGCAAAGAGCGCCACCAACGUGGAGCAGGCCUUCAUGACCAUGGCGGCAGAGAUCAAGAAGAGGAUGGGCCCUGGGGCCACGGCCGGGGCCUCUGACAAGUCCAAUGUCAAGAUCCAGAGCAAGCCCGUCAACACCUCGUCUGGAGGCUGCUGCUGAGGCCCCGGACCCCCUUACCCCACAGAGAGGGAGGGAGGGAGGGAGGGAGGGGGGCAGAGGCAUCACGCUGAGGGUGUUAAGCCCCGCCCCUACUGACCACACUCAGCGUCCAACUCGCCCACUCCUUAUGUCAGUCAAACAGCUCAGUCCAGUGAACCUCUGAGCCUUCAAACCAAGCACACGCUUAAACGUAGGCCACGCCCCCACAUGCCCCACCCUCACAGGCCCCACCCCCUCAAGUUUUGACCCAGAGGAUUCACUAAGCCCCUCCCCCACCCCCACACGACGCUUAAAGGCCCUGCCCACUGGCCCCGCCCCCUGUCCGAUCCACGUGCCUUUGCGGCAGGAGAUUCACGUUUUUACGCCUUUGUCGCCAAAUUAUCCCACCACCAUCGCGAUCAUCAUCGUCACCAUCAACAUGUGCCCAACAGCUGUGUGUCAGCUAUUAACAUUCCUGUGGGUGUGAGGAGAGGUGGCAGCCCUGACCCCGCCCCCUCAGCUCCGCCCUCCUGUGCAGACUGACUUUGUGGUUCAUGGACGAGAACAAGAGAGGAAGCUGCAGCCGUGUGACCUUGUCACGUGACCGGCGGCUGCAGAUGGGACGUUUUUGUGGCUAUACUGAGUGUCUAUUAAAACCAUAAAGGAGAUGUUUGGUA